CCUUGGAGCCGAUUUUUCAUUAUCUAAAUCUUUUCUUCCAGUUUUACCUAAUUAUGCUGAAAAACCAUUGGAGCCAUAUCAACAAUCACGUUUGUUUUUAAGUCAUUUUGGAUGGUUAAGUCCGGAGGCUCUAAAAGAAGGCACCAUUUCUUUAUUAAAUAAAGCGCCUGGAUUAUUUAGAGAUAUGAGGCUGUUGGAUAAAAAACAUCCUCGUGAAGUCAUAAAAGUCGCACUUUUGUAUGUUGGGCCUGGUCAAGAGGAUGAGCAAAGUAUAUUGCGUAAUACGAAAGGUAGCUUAAAUUAUGAUGAUUUUGUAUCUAGUCUUGGUUGGGAAAUUGAUCUUGCAACACAUCCCGGAUAUCUUGGAGGCUUAGAAAGAAAUUCAACAAAUGGAACUACCUCAAUUUAUUAUUGCACAUCAACAAUAGAAUUAAUUUUUCAUGACGUUACAAAAAUGCCAACUGACCCAAAUGAUUUUAAACAGCUUAAAAAGAAAAGACACAUAGGAAAUGAUCAUGUUCAUAUAAUUUUUAAUGAACACAACAGAGAUUAUAGAAAAUCAACUAUAGGUGGAGAUUUUGGUAAUGCGCAAAUUGUUGUCAACCCACUGUCUAACGGACUAUUUAGCGUGGAGAUCAAUCGUGAUCACAAAAUACCUUCUUUUGGGCCACUUCUAAAUGGAAUGGUAAUAUCACAAAAUGUUCUAGGUCCUUUAGUUCGAAUGACUGCUAUUCAAGCAUUUCGUAAUAGUUUACAUCAUACAAAUAGUACAAAUACAACAAUGUACCAACAUCCUUUUACAGAAAGAGCAUUAGAUAUUAGCAUAAUAAUGAAUAAACAUAAGAACACGAAAUGUAAUUCUUAUGAGACAUUCAUGUCAAAAAUUUUUGUCACUGAUGAUUCAUAG